AUAAGCAAUAACAACUAAUAGCGUGUCUUUCUUUCCCCAAAACACGAAAUUGAAAACUCUGUUUAUUUUCAAUUUUCACACACACUUUACUCCUUCCCCUUUCUUCAUUCAUCUCAAUCCUAACACAAUCUCAGGUUUUGGGGCUGUGAGUUUUUGGUUUAGGUCGAAGAGGCAAGAAGGAAUUUGGUUUUGGAUAUGAUGAAUGGAUCGCAGAAUCAGAAUUGGGGUGAAGGUGAAAGUUCGAGUUCAACUUCGCUUAGUAGUCAGCGUGAUGUUGAGGAUGAUCGGAUGAUUGCUCUUGUGUUGUCGGAAGAGUAUGCCAAGUUAGAUGGGGCAGUUGGUCGGCGUCUUUCCAACUUGGAACCUGUUCCUCAUGUGCCCCGCAUUAAUUCCUUCUUCCCCACCAUGAACGAUGCAAGUAUGGAUCACCAGCGUCUGCUGCAGAGGUUGAAUGUUUAUGGUCUUUGUGAAGUUAAAGUAUCUGGAGAUGGAAAUUGUCAGUUCCGUGCACUUUCAGAUCAGCUGUACAGGUCACCUGAACACCACAAGCAUGUUCGUAAAGAUAUUGUAAAACAGCUCAAAGAUCACCAUUCCUUAUAUGAAUGCUAUGUACCAAUGAAGUACAAACGAUAUUACAAGAAAAUGGCUAAAUCUGGAGAAUGGGGGGAUCAUAUUACCUUACAGGCAGCUUCUGAUAAGUUUGCAGCUAAGAUAUGCCUUCUGACAUCAUUCCGAGAUACUUGUUUCAUCGAAAUAAUGCCGCUGUACCAAGCACCACAGCGCGAAGUGUGGUUGAGCUUCUGGUCUGAGGUUCAUUACAAUUCACUUUAUGAAAACCGAGCUGCACCAAUCCAGCAUAAACCAAGGAGAAAACACUGGUUGUUCUAGAAGAGGUAGUAGAGUAUGUCAUAAAAUGUAGUGCUGUGCAUAGCACAUUGCAUGGUGCAUAUAAUAUCUAAAAAAUAGUAUUCCAUUAUGAACACAGCAUACAUUGUUCAGUGAAGAUAAAUUGCCAACAUUGAAAAGUUUAUUUUUUAAAGGUAUCAAAUAUGAAGUAGGUUGUGGAUAUA